CUCUGCUUGAGGUUCUUGGGGUGGAUUCAAGGUUGCGGCUUGCUUGGAAACUUUCACUCUUUUCUUAGUGCCGAGAAAUUUGAACAACUCAUCGACGCUUUAACGCACACUGACAGGACGAUGGUGUUUAAGGUACUACUAUUUUCCUAAUUUUCUUUCUUUUCCUCGUGUUGUUAUAUUUCUUAUAAACUUGCGUUUUAAGUUGCUCAUGUCUCGCUGUGCCUAGAAAAUCUUACUUUGUUCCUUCCCUAUAAGGAUAGAAAGGAUAUUGCAUUUUUUCCAAACGAGGAGCUCGCUUUUAGUUCUUUUUCCUUUCAUUAGCAUAAGGAGUUUGAUUUUUUCUGUUCUGUCAUAUGCCGGUUUUAAACCUUUCAGUGCCAAAUGUGGCCAAAGGCAAAAAUUCGACAAAAAUUCCUAAAUUUCAUUUUGCAAAAUUUGAAAAAACAAAAAGCACCAUGUGAACAUACUGCCAGAGAGGAUUUGGUCCACAGACUUAAAAGCAAGAGCCACCUUACAAAACCUCAUCAUUAACUCUGGCAGUAAAAGGAUUGAUGAAUCAUCAACCACUUCCAUCCUCCCACUCUUGCAGUGGCACUUAAUGCCCAGUUUUUAAUGUAUGUGUGUUUUUUCUUUCCUUCUUUCUCUCUUUCUUCUGUUUCCUUGUUUCGUAAAAUUUGUUAUUCAACAGUUGUGACUUGGCGCAGAAUCGGCUCGCAAAGAGGAGGAAAAUUAUUACGUUUUAGAAACCGACUCAACAAGAUUAAUUGCCCAACGUGAAUAGAUUUAGAAGUUGAUCAGUAGAGCGCUUGUCUUUUCUUUUAAUACCGUUAUCAUGAGUUGCGUGUGUCUGUGCAUUUGUCACAUUCGUUUGAAGUAUCACUAUUUCAGCAGAAUUUAAGUCGUACUUAUGAUAUCCAUGUAAUGUUCUUCAUUGUAAAGCAUCCGUGACAAAUAUAUGAAUAACCCAGAUCGAUAAGGAACAAUUUCAGCAAUUUGGUUAUAGUUUGUGGAUAAAAGUGGGUUCUUGAAACAUUUAAUGUGAAUUACGGUAUGUUAUCGAGGAAGCUAUUGUAGAAAUCAAAACAAAAUUGUCAAAAUCGACUGCACUUUCUCUUACAAUAUCUGGGCUAUCAGACCGAUUUAAAUUACUGCAAUUGACCCAUUCUCAAAAUAUGAAGGAAAAAAUCAAAUCAGGGAGUGGAAUUCGUACCCCUUCGCUUAAGAUAUUAACUGAUCCACUCAGAUAGCUAUAUAGAGGCACGUGAUGGCCUCGUGUGCAGAGUGAUCAGCCAAGUACACCCUGUUCGACGCGAUUCACUACGGGUUUCUAUUAUUAUAGUUAUUCUCUUUUCAUGUGGAUAUGGUUUACAAAAUCAAGAGGAAAACAGUACAAAAACCUUAUAAUAAUAAUGAUAAUAACAUUGAUCAUAAUUCCUCGCGGCGCUGAGCGAAGUGAGUUUAUAAUCUCGUCGCAGUACGUGAAUCGCGUGUGGGUCCAAGCGAGCUGCAAACUCGCAGCUUUCAUCUUUAUAUAUCCGAUGGUGUCCGCCAUGACGUCAUACAAUAGUUUGACGUCACGGCGCAAUUUGUUUCUAGGCAACAUUCGACUGAAAGCGAUUAUGACCAAAGUAUUCAUGAAGAGCUGUCUGUUCAUCAUCUACAAAACAAUGUUUACUAUCGGUGAAUCUAAAGCCAUUUCUCAUGCACACAGAACAGCAAAGAUGGAGACGGCAUCAACAAAAAGCGGAGCAGAGGGAACAUCACUCAAUGAAUUUCGAAUGCUAAAGUACUUUAAGAGCAAAUGGAAGCGAUUUUGGAUAAUUAGCCUUAAUAUCUUAACAUGUGAGCGAACAUCGCGCGGGUAACAAAACACGUUUUGCUCGCAGACGAGGUUAUACCGUAUCGGCCUAGACCGUUGGGCUUCCAUUCUUUACAUGUAAAUGCGAUGAAAUGCAUUUACGUUGGGUUUUCACAGUCGAAACUGCAGUCAUUCUUCUAAAAAAUAUCUUUCAAUUCACGUUUAGUUUAAUAAAGCUCGAAGGUUUUAAUAAUAAAAUUUCGACAGGCCGUUUCGUGUGUUCCACGUGGCCUAUUGGUAAAGGUUUGGCCCGGUGCUUCGAAAAUCCUGAGUUCGAUUCCGGGUAUAACCUCUUUCUCUUCGCUUCUUUUCUUUUCUUUUCUUCUUUUUUUUUUCUUUUUCUUUUCGUUUAGUUUUCAUUUUAGGUAUAACAGUUUUGUUAUGUUUCUAUAUAAAAUUUUUAGAUUUACAAAUUUUCUUCUCGGCUUCACUUCCCGUUCCCCCGAAGUCCUUCGCGAGGUCCUGCGAUUUACGUAUUUCUAGUAAUAAUUAUGACAAUUUAGGGGUAGCACAUCCACAAAGUGGUUCUUCGUCUCACAUUUCUGGUCGAAUUGGAAUUCAACUGGAACCGUUGCUUUUUGAGGAGAGGGGAAGUGCAGAAUACCCGGAGAAAAACCUCUCGGAGCAGAGGAGAGAACCAACAAAAGACUCGUGACCCACACAUAAGGAUCGGAUUUGAACCCGGGCCACAUCCGUGGGGUGCGAGUGCUCUUACCACUGCGCACGCACCCUUGCUUCCUAUAAAUAGAAAAACGAUAGUUUACUCUGAGGCGCCAUCACAUUAAUUAAUUGUUUGCUCAUUGACUUUUUUUGUUACUAUUCCAGAAUACAGCCUUUUUGCUUAUUUUAUCUCUGAUCAUUUGUAAUGACGCUAUCACCAUUCAGCAAUCCCCGUGUCAGAUUCAAUCAUUUUACGCUCGGGAAAUUGGGUCUGGUGAAGGCAACCUCCUUCGUGUUCAUUUGGAUACGGCUGGUAUCCCGACAAACGUAUCGAUUAGUGGCUCCUGUGACAGCACUAAGAUAAAGUUUUCAAGUAAGUUAUUUAUCUUUUUAGUCGUUAUGAAGAAUUUUAAUUAGGGACCCAAUUCACCUCAUCAUAUAGAGCACUAAGCUUGUGGACAGUGGUUUUCGCUUCGCCCUGAUUCGUUACUCAAACUCAGGACUGGCCAUAACGUUUGCAAAAUUUUCUAUUGAAUAUUUCCAGAAUUCAUCGAAGAGCGAAGAGCCGUCAAUGGAUCUAAUUUUGCAGUGUCCUUCCAUUGGGAAAUCGACAAAAAUUAUGUGUUGGCUGUGAAAGAAGGGAAAUUAAUCAUUAAGGUAACGGUUGACUUUCUAACUGCUCUUUCUUGUCUACAAAUCGCCCUAUGUAAGGGAAUCCAAGACAGUCUUCGAUUCUGGAUUCCACUCCGUGGAUUCCGGAUUCCGGGUAAUCGAUUCCGGAUCUCUUUGUCAGUGGAACUUGGAUUCUGGAUUCCGAUCGUUAGCGGGAUUGCGGAUGUCUUGAGCUGGAUUACAGAUUCCACAAGCAAAACGUUUCUCAGAUUCGUGGCUCCGGAUUAUCUUACAUGGGGCAAUACAAAAUAUAUCGCGCGCGUAGUGGCGUUUCCUAAAAUAAAUCGUUCGAUAUAGAGGGGCAAUACUUGCUCUUUUGAGAAUUUCUAUUCACAGCAUCUACGCAGUUAAAUUCGGUUCCUAGAGAAACACAAGCCGAAUUUCCCUUGUUAAAUAGCUUGCCAUGGUAAUUGUCAGUACUCUUCACUUUUUAGUUUUUAGCACUCGUUAUAUGCAUUACGUUAAACAUAAAGCUGUGUUUGCCCUCCCUCAAAAUAAAGCAUCAAAUUGAGGUCAAGAUAUUGAUCAAAAGGUGUUUCAAAGGGCCUAAUAAUGAUGAAGUUGAAUUUAACAUUUUACUCUGAUAUCUAAGUGGUAAUAGAUGGCUUGCUUAUUCUUAACUCCUCUAGUUUGAUUCUGGAAAAGAAACCUCUGACAGCCAUUGGUUCAUUUUGAAAUCGUGUGACAAGCGAAACAGUGCACUUGUUGAACUGAAAACGAUGACAACGCCUCAUUUGUACGUGAAAUAUGGCUCUUCAGGAAAUCCUUUUAUGGAAGCAUCGACAGACCGAAGGGCAUGGUUUGAAAUCUUGUCUUCGGCUUGUUGA